AUGUCAUCGAGUACCGAGAAGACUCCGAUGCAAUGUUCUGUUUGUAAAACAACAGCCAAGUCAAGCCUUUAUGUUUGUGAAAGUGGGCAUAUUAUAUGUAAAAGUUGCCAAAAAUAUGAUGUAACACAAGAUACUCGUAAUGAAUGUGGUGAUAACAACACAGACAAACAGGAGGAUCCAAAUAAUGACCUGAUGGUGAAAUUACAAGACUUAGCAAGCGGAGAUUUUGACAAAUUUGCAGCUCAAGAUCUAAAUAAAGAAUCAAAGAAAGGCUGCAAUGAAGAUAAAACCUUAGUAAAAACUCAGGAACAAGAAGAAGAAUCUAAGAAAAACAUGGAAGCAAUUAUUGAAUACAAAAAUCUGUAUUAUCAAGAGACCAGCUCAAGUGUUACUACAGGUGUCGAAGGGUUGAAGACCACAGAAGACGAUAUAUCAUGUCUAAGCACUUCACAUGUUGCUCCAAGACCAGUGAUGUGUCCAGUGACGAUUUGUUCAAAAAUGGUGACGAUCGACUCCUUCAUGCUACACUUCCAUUUCGAUCAUUCCAAGGUUCCAAGAAAAACUUUAGAUGACACCACACCUCAAGAAAUUUCGCUAAAAGCAUCAAACUUCUCCAAUGAAGUACAAUGCGUGGCUACAUUUAUAAUGGAAACUCAAAAAAGAUCAAGCAAGACGAGAAACGCAGAGUCGACACCAACUGUUCGCAAUACUUUGAGAGACAAUAAGCUAUUACUAUUAAUGGCCGUGAAAUUGCCAUCGAAUCCUAUAAAACUGCCUGGUAUCAAAUCUGACCAAACACUCGUUUUCACUCGGAGUAUCCAGACACAGACUGAGAAAAUCUUCGAUUAUGAUUCUGGGAAGUUUGUAGAUCUUCGCAGCAAAAAUAGUGGCGAUCAUAAAACUUGCACAACUAAACUAGAAUUUAUUGACGAUGAAGUUCUUUUGCUGUGGCUCUGCAAAUUGGAAGAUACAGAAAAAGUAUUCAGUAUAACGCUAUUAGGUGAAGAUAGAAGACGAGGUUACUGUUAUCUUGGUGAUGCCGGUCAUGUAAGAGAAAACCAGGAUCCAUACUUACUGUGUGAGAGAUCCGAAUGCCUCAUUGUCAAAGGAUCUACAGUUACCGACCUCUACGAUCUUAAUGGUCAAGUAACCGUUAUAGUUAGUAUGAUAGGAUAA